GGGACCCCUCCCGAGCUAAAGCUACGUGUGCAGCACGAACAAAGGUCUCGGUGCGGAGAGACAGUCUUCGAGAGAGGUCGGAGGGAGAAGAGAGCCCGGUAGAGACAGAGAGUGAGAGAGAACACAGAGACACAGACAGAGAGCGAGCGCUUGCGAGGGAGCGAGGGAAGGAACGAGAGAUUUUGUUGAGCGAGAGAUUUCGGCUGAUGGCAGGAUCGAUGGAAGGUGUCAGGUAUUCGGUCGUGGCUUGCGUGAUUUUGGCUCUGGCCGCAGCCGUGCCGCAAUGUAUGUCCGAGGGACAGGAAGAGGUCGAGGGGAAGAUUUUCGCACGCUCGUUGCACGAGACGCAGGUGAAGAAGGAGAGGAGUGUGGAUCUGAGGAAGGGCAUUCACGCUCGCAGGAGCGCCACGAAUCGCGGUCGGUUUUCUUCUCAGGAAGAAACGAGCGAUGAAAUCAGUGCCGAUAUGCCCCCGAUGUUUAAGAAUCCCGGCUUCGUGAGGUCUCAUCGUGGUGUUGGAAUGAGGAGGAGAACUCUUCAGUCUGCUGUUGCCGAGCAGAAAGGGUUUGUUGCCAAGGCUUGGCCUGCACAGUUCACUAUCAGCUUCACUUCGCAGUCGGGUGCUGUGACGGGCUAUUUGGCCUACGAUUGGAUUAACCAGCGUGAGGUUGUGGCUUACGGUGAAAACGCGACGUUCUGCGGCAAUUUCUUCACCGACGAGCCUUGCCUAAAGCUCCAGGUUCCAGGUAGAACUUACGUGUACAUUCCAUCGCAAGAGAAGUGCAUAUCGGGAGCUUUCGGCCCCGGAUCUUUGUCACCGGAGUGGACAUCGGAGUCGACCUUUGUCGGAGUUGAGUCCGUGCCAGGCGUCGGACUUUGCAGGAAGUUUGUACAUCUUCCCACAUCACAGACUUGGUCGGAGACAGUGGAUGGAUCGUUGCCAUGUGCUUACGGCUCCUCGGAAACUUCGAUGACCUUCUUCCACCCACAGACCCUCCAGGUCGGACCUCCAAGCCAGGAACUAUUCGAGUUCCCAGACUACUGUUUCGCUGAGUCCGGGUCGGUGGUGGCGUCGCAGUAAGCGAUGGAAUGCGAAUUUCUUUGCGUUUCAUAAUAUAAAGGUGAGCCAACCUUGGUAGAUCUGGCCAUACAACAUUUCGAGGUCUGGCAUUUAACUACGAAUUGUAUCUGGAUUGGACCUUGCUUAAGAUUGUCUCGAUCGAAGGUGAGAGUUCUCGGGAGUCUCGUGAGAGGACCCCAGCAGGAUUAUUGUCAUGGACAUACAUUAAUUGUACUCAGUCUUAGUUGUAAUCAUAAUGUGGGCCGGAAUGGGCCGUCUUUUCGCGCAGCAUCACAUGUAGAGCCUGAAUAUGUUGCCCUUGCUUGCCGAUCCUGGUAGGAAAAGUGUUGUUAAACUCAGUUGCAGAAUUUACUUCCAUCUCCGAAGGUCGGCAUUGUUGUUUCCUUUUCUUUUUGUAGGACCUAGUGGCUGUAAGAGUAUCGGGACUGCUCCGAGUCUUAUUGAAAUAUUUCACCGGUAAUCGAGCUUGAAUGAU